AUGUCGGUAAUAAUUCGCCUGCAAUUGUUACCGUUGUCGGCGAAUGCUGCCGAUGUUCGAGCUUUCUUCUCUGGCCUACGAAUUCCUGACGGUGCAGUACAUAUAGUAGGAGGAGAUGACGGAGAUGCUUUUAUCGGAUUCGCCACUGACGAAGAUGCAAGACAAGCAAUGCGCAGGGAUCGCGGACAAAUUCACGGAGAGGAGCGAUUCGGAUACGAAACAGAAAAAAAGAUAGCUCUGAAAGCGUUAGUAGACUCGAGGGAUUCGGAAUGCACUCCACAUCAUUGGAAUAAGUGCUUAAAUGCACUCAUGUCACUCAAGAUUCCUUUGGAAGUUCUCGACAAUGCAUCAGUGUUUUCUGUGUUUUAA